AUGAUGGUUCUUCACUACUCGUAUCACCCACUAAACGGCCUACUCAUGUGCAUGAACGUUUAAACCACCAUAAGCACCUUCUUUCAUUCGACCAUGUUAUGGCGGUUUCGAAAUAGCUGGUAUGCAAGCGCCUGCGCCCGAAACUUGGCAAGGCACUCCUCCAGUCAGGCCCAGCCCCAGUCAACCGCGCUCCACUUUUAUCAAAACCGCCAGCUAGAGCUCUAUGCUUCAAAGGAAGCAAACAGGCUGAGCCUCCGACAGCUCGUGUUCUUUGGGCGGUCUAUGGACGAGGAGAAAUUGAUAAAGAGCGCUAAUUAUGUCCGCACCGAGCUGCCUGUCCGCAUCGCACACAGGCUAAUGGACUUGCAAGCCCUUCCAUAUGUUGUGGUAACUCAGGAGGGCGUAGCUCGAGUCUAUGAGUUGUAUUGGUCUGCGUUUGAAAAGUUUCGGCGCUACCCUCAAGUCACCACUUUGGAAGAGAAUGAGGCCUUUUGUAAAUUUCUCGAGAGUGUGCUGGACGAGCAUGCACCCGUCAUACCAAGUCUGUCACUGGGACUUUCCCUUUCAUCUCCGCACCUUUCACCAGAUUCACUAGAUGCAUUCAUGAGACGCAUGCUUGUAUCCCGAAUCUCAAGGCGUGUUCUCACCGAGCAUCACCUUGCGCUUUCGAAGUCCCUUGGAACUAACAGCCUCAAUCACCCCGAGGACCCACACGUUGGCAUCAUUUACACUGCGCUCAACCUCAGACAUUCCAUUGACAAGUGUGUCGCGCUCUUGCAUGGCAGGCCACACGAUAUAGUCGAUGAAAUUGGGGAGAGCGUGCCGAAUCGCGGAUGGCCGGAAGUGAUCGUCGAUGGUCAUGUUGACACUAAAUUUUCCUACAUACGUGAACACCUCGAGUACAUCAUAUUUGAACUUCUCAAAAACGCAAUGACCGCUACUGGACUGAAUCAUCGGAGUUCAUCUAACCUUCCUCCUAUACGAGCCACCAUCGUUGUUGGCGAGAACGAUGUUGGGGUGAGAAUAUCUGAUCAAGGUGGUGGACUCUCAUCAGCUCGGAUCAAGUCACCCUCCGAUCUCUUCUCUUUCUCUCACAUUCGCAAUGCAACACGCAUGGAUGACACGCGGCUGGGCGCACUACGCUCAGCUAGCUCGAGGGGCGUUAAAGCCACGGUUGCGGAGCAAAUACGCCCAUGGUGGACUGAACAGUCGAAUGUGAAUUCAAACGAUAAAGAUCCUGAGCGUGAUGCUGGCAUUGCGCCACAUCCCAAAAUCGGGCUGGGCCUGCCUAUGAGCAACAUAUUUACAACGUAUUUCGGAGGCACCCUGGAGUUGGUUUCCCUGGAUGGAUGGGGAACGGAUGUCUAUUUACGCUUGCCCAAGCUGGGCACGAACCUUGAGGGUAUCGAAUUAUGAGUGUGUACAGGUGUGUACUCUGCCACACUGUGGUGCUGUUCAACUUCCUGUAGCAUCAAAUAAACGCAGCUAGUGAAAUUAAUUCUACCUGAUGUUACUAUUUGCCGCAUGCGCAUAAACGUAUUUACAGUAGAACAAUGCUUGAAGUGCUGUAUCCAGAUAGCCUAGCGGUGCAUUGUCAUAUCUUCGGAUAUCACCGCCUGACAUCGCGAUAUAAUAUUAAUCCCAACUACUUGAAGUAGUGCCUCCGGGAGUUCGCACG